AAGCUCGCUUCUUAAACUGGGCGUGUAGCGUCACUUUAAAAUAGAAAGCUAUGUUUUUUUUCUAGCAUUCGGAUCUUCUAACUAGGAGCGUUAACUGCGACGGUCACAAUUCAACACAUAGCACCAAAUUUCUUCACAGAAGACAGCACUGCUGAAGGGUCGGUGACCUCCGCACAGAUGGCCCUGGAGGAGCGGGCACGGAGCAGCUUGAUGCGCUUUCACCACCAACUGGAGCAGGACAUCAAGCCCCAGUUCCUUAUGGACCACAUGAUCAGUGAUGGUGUGAUGACAGUGGAUGAGGAGGAGAAGAUCAGGAUUCAGCCCACCAGAAAAGACCAAGCUGCAGCGCUCAUUAAGCUUGUGCUGGAGAAAGACAAUCGUUGCUUCAUUUCCUUCUACAAUGCGCUGGUUAAGGAGGCAUAUGACGAUCUGGCAAGACUGCUGCAAAAAGACCUACCAGACGUGUCGGUGGAUGGAAAUAAAAGCUCUUUUGACAGUUUAUCUUAUGUCCAGCGUGUGCUCAGUGAAGGUGGAGUCCCGCAGAGGCCUGUGGUGUUUGUCAGUAGACCAGAGUUGCUGAAUAAGGUCAGGGAGAAACUUUAUUUGCUCCAGAAAGAUGCAGGUGGCUGGGUGACCGUGUUUGGCAUGGCUGGGUCAGGCAAGUCCGUGCUUGCAGCUGAGGCCGUCAGAGACCAUGGACUCAUAGAAGAAUGUUUCCCAGGGGGGGUUCAUUGGCUUUCCAUUGGUCAGCUGGAGAAACCAGACCUGCUGGUGAAGAUCCAGUCACUGUGUUUUCGUCUGGAGCAGAGCCAGGAUUCCCAGUCGAAUAUUCGGCCGCCCACAUCUCUCGAUGAAGCUAAGGAGCGCCUGCGCUUCCUGAUGCUGCGCAGGUAUCCCAGAUCUCUACUUAUCCUUGAUGACAUCUGGGACAGCUCAGUGCUUAAAGUGUUUGACAUUCACUGUCGGAUUCUUCUGACCACCAGAAAUCGAAGCCUCGCUGACUCUGUUAGCGGUCCAAAAUAUGAGGUGGAAGUAGAAAGUGGUCUGGAUGAUAAGAAGGCACUGGAGAUCCUGGCCCUGUACACAAAUAUGAGCUCAAACACGUUACCUGAGGAGGCUCGCAGCAUCGUCAGAGAAUGUAAAGGCUCUCCUCUGGUGGUGUCUCUGAUCGGCGCUCUGCUCAAAGAGAAACCCGACCGUUGGCCUUACUACCUCCGCCAGCUGCAGCAGAAGCAGUUUAAGCGCAUAAAGAAGUCAACAUCGUAUGACUAUCAUGCUUUGGAUCAGGCCAUGGCUGCAAGCAUCGAGGUUUUACCAGAUGAGCAUCGGGAGCUCUACAAAGACCUGACUGUGCUGGAAAAGGAUGUCAAGAUUCCUGCAAAGGUGCUGAGUGUUUUAUGGGAUCUGGAGCCAGAGGAGGUGGAGGACAUUCUCCAAGAAUUUGUCAACAAAUCUCUGCUUUUUGUAGACAGAAACUCUAAACCCCAUCUGUACUACCUUCAUGACCUGCAGCUGGACUUCCUGGUGGAGCAUUACCGAAAUCAAAUAGAGAGUCUCCACAGCAAGGUGGUGCACCAGUACCAGCAUCACUACAGAGAGGCUCCUCCCAUGUCUGGAGAUGAGGAAUGUCUGUACUGGAUCCGGUUUCUGACCUAUCACAUGGCUAAAGCCAAUUUGUCUCAGGAGCUCUACUCACUCAUGUUCUCGCUGGACUGGGUCUGCAUCAAGGCCAAGAUAAUGGGACCAGCCCAUCUCAUCAAUGACUACGUGGAAUAUGGACCCAUUCUGGACCAAGAGAACAGUGAAGUGCGAAGCCAGUUUCAGGAGUUUCUGUCUCUUAGCGGCCACCGCCUGGAGCAGCGUCCUUUCCCUGACGUGGUGCAGCUCGCUUUGUCUCAGCCACACUCCUCAGAGGUCUACAAACAAGCCCGGCAGCAGGCUCUGAACCGGGCUAAGAGUGGGAAGCUCUACUUUGAAUUAAUAAAUAAGAGCAGUGUGGAGAAUUUGUCCCGUUUGGUAAUUCACCCUCACCUGGGCUCCAUCUACUCCGCCUGCUUUUCUCACGACGGGACCAAAAUCGCUUCUUGUGGAGCAAGCAAGACGCUGAAGGUAUUUAAAAGCACCUCUGGUGAGAAACUCUCAGAGAUCCAGGCCCAUGAUGAAGAAGUCCUCUGCUGCGCCUUCUCCCCCGAUGACCGUCUUCUAGCAACCUGCUCAAGCGACAGGAAAGUCAAGUUGUGGAACAUACAGCAAGGCAAGCUACUGAGGGUCUUUGAAGAGCAUGAGGAGCAGGUCAACCACUGUGAAUUUACCAACACAACACGGCGCCUCCUACUGGCCACAUGCUCAAACGACAGCUUGUUAAAGAUUUGGAAUCUGAACAAGCCGUCCUCCCAGAACACACUGUUUGGUCACUCUGAGCCAGUGAACCACUGCUGUUUCUCCCCAGAUGAUAGUUAUCUGUCCACUUCGUCCAAUGACGGCACCGUUAAGUUGUUCCAGGUGUCAUCAGCCAAUGAAUGGAAGACGAUCGACGUGAAGAGCUUCUUUUCAGAAAGCGAAAAUGAGGAAGUGCUUGUCAAAUGCAGCACCUGGACCGGCGACGGGACACGCAUCAUAUGUGCCGCCAGAAAUGCAGUUUUGGUGUUUGAUGUCCAGACGUCAGACAUGUUGCUGGAGAUCAGGACUAAUCGUUUGAGCACGGUCCAAUACUGUCAUGCUUGUCCUACCAGUAACCUGCUGGCACUAGCAUUCUCUAAUUAUGCUGUGGAGCUGUGGGAUCUGGAAGAAAACAAAAAGAUGGCCGACUGCAGCGGCCACCUGAGCUGGGUCCAACGGGUUCAGUUCUCUAGUGACGGCUCACAGCUUCUCUCCUGCUCCGACGACCAGACAGUCAGGUUAUGGGAGACCAAGAAGGUCCACACGUCUUCAGCCAUCUGCCUGAAGAGAGAUUCAGAUGUUAUUUUUCAUGAUGAGGAAAUUAUCGUAUCGGCUGCAGACAACUGCAACAGACUGCAGGUGCGGGACGGCAGAACAGGAUCUGUUCUUUUCCAGUCGGAAGAGUUGCCAUCUAGGAUCCGAUGUACGUGUUUGUGCAGGAAUCCAUCCGCGGUGUUGCUUGGACAAGAGAAUGGAGAAUUGCAGGUGUUGGAGCUUCCCUCUGGGAAGCUUUUAGCCACUCUGCUGGGACACACUAAGACGGUGCUUCACUGCCAGUUCUGCCACGGCGGACAAACACUCAUCACCUCAUCCGAGGACGCCACCAUAAGGGUGUGGAGGUGGAAAUCAGGCGAGUGUAAAGUGCUUCAGGGUCACAAGGAGCAGGUCCGAUGUUUCUCUUUGCUCUCUGACUCAACAAAUGAAUCAAAGCUCCUCUCCUGGUCCUUUGAUGGAACUGUGAAGGUGUGGGACAUUGAGAGCGGGGAGAAACUGCAGGACAUGGAGGCUCAUCAGGGAGCUAUUCUGUCCUGUCACAUUUCGCCAGACGGAUGUCUCUUUGCAACCACCUCUGCUGACAAAACCACUAAGUUGUGGAGCUGCGAGUCCUGGCAGUGCGUCUUCACCCUGAGAGGUCAUCAUGAGUGUGUCCGAAGCUGCCGCUUCUCUUGGGAUAGCAAACGCCUUGCUACAGGAGACGACAACGGAGAGAUCCGGAUCUGGAGGGUCGAAGAUGGCUCUCUACUGAAGGUCUGUGCCCAGGAAAGUAAAGACGGCACGGAUUCUCUCCAUGGCGGUUGGGUGACUGAUCUGCACUUCUCCCCGAACAACUCUGUGCUCGUUUCGACUGGUGGCUACAUCAAGUGGUGGAACGUGGCGAGAGGGGAAGCCCUGCAGACUUUCUAUCCAUCAGGAAGUGCUCUGAAGAAAAUCCACGUGUCUCCUGACUUCUCCACCUUUGUCACCAUCGACAACAUCGGCAUUCUCUACAUCCUUAAGAGGGUGGCAUAAGGACACUACAACCAGAAUAAAUAAAUAAUAAAAAAACAUUUACCACUAUCCAUUAAAAUACUGUGUAGCAGCAACAGAGGGUUUGUUUCACCCUUCUCAUUCAGUCAGCCACUAGCCGUUUACAAUCAAAAAACACUUGACAAACUAUUGCAUUAAACACAAGCACUUAAAGUAGCUCUUUGGAGCUACAUGACUCUCCUGUUGUGAUUGGAGAUGCACUUAUCUGCAAUUUGUGUCCGUUUCCCAACUCUGGUUAUUUUUUUUCCACUGAGUCAGUUUUCCUUCUACAUAUUUUUACUUGCAAUCAAUAAUUAUUUAUAUUAGAAGUAGAAGGCUACUGAGUUAAAAUAAAAAAAUGUUUCUUUUGCAUCUUAUUCCAGCGAUUGGCAUGAUAAGCAUUGCUAAAUGUAAAUUUGUAAGUAAAUGAGAUUUUUUUUUUAAAAGGCAGCCAGUUUUAUGACAGAAAUUUAAGCAACUGCUGCUUGAGAUUAAUUUACUUCCCGGAGAUUCGACCAUAACUCCACAAUUUGGUCACAAAUUAGUGUUCUUCACCAUGCAGCAGCUUUUUGGGCCAAACAAACAGCUGUGAAAUAAAGAGAACUAUAAUUGGUACCUUCUCGAGUCAGAACUCUGAUAAACAGCACAGAUCCUUCUGUAAAUGAAUCAUUUUACUUUACAAUAGCUUCUAACAUAUCUGAACUUCAUCUGUGAAACAUAAUAUUUUACCUUCUGCUAUCACUUCUACACUAAAAAGUUUGAUCUAAACCCGUUAGCUCUUACCUGUGGUUCAUUCGCUGUUAAUACAAAUGUCAGGUUUUGAGUUUGCAGCCAAAAUUGAAUCUGAUUCUGAUCACCAGCAGAUUUCUAGGUGCGAUUUCAGAAAGUUCCUGAAACUGUGGAAGAAUAUUUGUAAGGCACUACAAUAAAUAAUAGGGCUUAAAUUCUAAAAUGAUAUAAGAAAAAAUAUGUAAGAUUGAUGCAGGUCUUUAACUGUGAAUAAUAAAUGUUAAUCAGUUUUGCAUUAAAUAGGCCGUGUUUGCAUGUGGUGUGGGGAAACUUGAUGUGAAAGCAAUCUUUAUGGCUUUUCUUUGCACGUCAUUAAACAUUUGACUGGAGAUUUUUUUUCCUUCAUGCUUUACUGCAUAAAUCUCUCCUGCAGCCAAGUCUUAAUGAGAAUUAUUACAGUGAAAAGAUCAUGUUUUAUACGACUUUUCUGCCUUUUCAAGUCAUCUAGCAUAUAGGAAACUUUUGGUGCAAUUUGAUAAGCAUUAAAUAUGAAUGGCAAGAUGAAGUUUUAAUGACUUAAAGAUUAAAAAUUGCAUCCAGUCAAAGCCGGCGAGAAUUUCUUUACUUGGAAAGUGUUUGUUCAUUUGAGUUUGGAUCAAAGGUAAACGUUUUAUGCUGGGAAAAAAAAAGUGAUUUAUAAUUUAUAACAAAGCUUUUCACUCGUGAUUUAUACUGUGCUUUUUUAUGUUUUUGACCAGUUUAUGUGAGCUCUGAAUCCCACUUUUAGUGCCUCUCUUUUUAUGUUUUUACUGCUGGAAAUUACAAUCUUUCAGGAAGCCUUUUCUAUAUCGUGACUUUUAGACUGUUCAACUUCCUACGAUAAGUGCUUUUUCUUAAAUGUCAUCGAGUUUGUUUCAAGCUUUUUUAUGAUAUCAAAUCUACUCCAUAUUGUUAAAAGUUGAAUAUCCACGUUUCCUGAUGAUGCUGUUGUCCUUUUCUGAAACCUUCCUGGUGUUUUGCAACUUUAAUCUGGGAAUUUUUUUUCAGUAUGUACCACAUAUAUUUCUACAACACCUUUUACUGGUAUGUUGCUGUAAGGAUGAUCUAUUAAGGAUUAAAUCAUAUUAAUUGUUCUUCUGGGUGCUUGUCUUCAUUGAGCUUUAAUGUCGGCAACAUUGACACGACUUCUGGCUUUUAACUGUCUUAAUUUUGAAUUUUGCAAAGACCGUGAUGGUUCAACUAUGAAAAUCUAAACUUUUCUACAGAGCCUGGAGGGCCAGUGGUACCAGAUAUAAGA